UCAUCAUUGAACAAUAGUUGGCGACACUUGCUGUCAUUUGACUUGUCAAUGUGCGUCGUUUUACGUUUUUUAAACUCGUUGGAAAAUGUUAAAAUAGUGCGUGAAAAUGGUCGUGGGUAACACUAAGGUGGUCCAGGUGACCAACAUAGCCCCCCAGGCCACCAAGGACCAGAUGCAGACGCUGUUCGGCUACUUGGGUAAAAUCGAAGACAUUCGCCUGUACCCCACGAUUCGAGACGUCUCCUGUCCUGUCCAGUCCCGGAUUUGUUACGUUAAAUUCGUGGAUUCCAGCACGGUAGGUGUAGCCCAACACAUGACAAACACUGUUUUCAUCGACCGGGCCCUAAUUGUCAUCCCUGUGAUCAACGGGGACAUCCCCGACGAGUACUACGCUCUGGAGAUGACCCGUAACGGGACCAUUGUCCCCGGGUUUAACGUAAACGAGCCAAAGUUGCCCCCACAUGUCUCCAAUUCGUUCCAAGGCACAGGCGAGGAACGCGUUGUUGUCACAAAUGACCCCCAUUUGACUGACAAUGGCUGCGCCCCCUAUCCCCCUUUGCCGGCCAAAUACGACUCGAUCAAAGUCGAGGAGACUCGUCGAACGGUCCAAGUGGUCAAUAUUGACCCCGCCAUACCCACAGAUGAGAUAAUCCAGUAUUUUUCACAAGCCGGUGAAGUGAAGUAUUUGAGAGUGUGUGAGUGCCCCAACGACAACACCACGCACAUUUUGAUCGAAUUCACGGAACAGCCAAGCGUCGUGAACGCCAUGAAAAUGAACGGUGAAGAGUUCAAAGGCAAGCCGCUGGAAAUCAUUCACGCCACUCAACCAAUCAUGAAGCCCCAAGCCAAAAGUAACGAAGCCGCUCAGAAGGAAAUUGAAGAAGCAAUGUCUCGCUUUAAAGAGGCUCAAAACAUGAUCAAUGCCUCGAUUGAGCCAGUUAUCGGAAUGCUAACUAAAGAUAAAAGGAGCUCGCGACGUUCCCGCUCAAGAUCUAGAGGGCGUAGACGCCGCUCACGCUCAAGGUCACUCUCGCGUGGUUCACGUUCACGUCGUCGCCGUUCAACGUCACGUUCACGCCGUUCACGAUCACGUGACCGGCGUAAACGCUCGAAGUCUCGCUCUCGGAAACGUUCGGUUUCACGUACGAGGCGUUCAAGGUCGCGCGAACGCCGGUCAAGGUCGAAAUCGAAGGGUCGCAGUAGGCCAAGGGCCAAAUCUAAGACUCGGGAUAGGUCGAAAGAUAGGAAACGGGAUAAGGAUCGCAAGUCAAAGGAGAGGGAUAGGAAGUCGAAGGAAAGGGAUAAGAAAGAGAAAGAUAAGAAGGAGAGUAGUAUAGAGGGUGGGGAAAAGAAGGUGUCGAGAUCGCGCAGUCGUAGUCAUAGGAGGUCGAGGUCGCGGGAGAGGAGGAAGGAGAAGGAGAGGAGGAGGUCGAGGUCUAAAGGGAGGAGGAGGACACCGUCGCCGUCCCCAAAGGCCAAGAAGAGGAGUAGGUCAAAGAGUAGGGAUAGGAGGAAGGAGAAGAAGAAGAAGGAGAGGUCGAGGUCUAAGGAGAAGGUGCCCAGGAAUUACGAUGAAGAGGAGAAGGGGUUCGAUUCCGAACGAGACAAGGAGAAAGAGAGGGAGGUUGAGGGGAAUGAAAAGGGGUCGGAAAAGUCGGAUAAUAUGGAUAUUUCCAACUCACCGUAGAUUUUUGACGUUGUAUUUUUCAUUUGUGUCGUAAAUAUAUUAUGUGGAUAAAGUAUUAAAA